AUGAUCGCUUCCUCUCACGGAUUGGUGUGCUUGUGUGGUUUUGCUUAUGAUCUCAAGAAGCAUCUUAUUGUUCUUUGGAACCCAUCAAUUAGGAAAUCUGUUGAAAUUGAGCUGCCGAAUAAAUUGAAUGCUCUGGGUUUUGGGGUUUGUCCUAAAACUAUGGACCCUAAGAUUGUCAGGAUUACACGUAGAACUAACGCGCAGGUUUAUACAUUAAGCUCUGGGGCUUGGAGACGCGUAUCAAUGAAUCUUUGUGUGCCCGGGACCGGGUUUAGGUUUUGUUCUUAUCAGGUGGUUAUAGAUGGGGUUAUUUAUUGGAUUACUAAUAAUACAAGUGGAUCUUGUGAUAAGCUAAUUUCAUUUGAAUUGACAAAUGAAGAAUUUGGAGUGAUAGAGCUUCAAGAUAGUAUUGAAGACCCUGAGCAUUUAUGCAUCUCUAAGCUUAAGGAGUCUCUUGUUGUGCUUAAUUACGAUAAAUCAGAGGUAGCUUGCGUUGUAUGGAUGAUGACCAAAAAUGGUGAUCCAAAAUCCUUGCUUACAAAACUAUUCACUGUGAGUUUUAACGCAUUUCAUGAUUCGGUAUAUCAUAGAAUUGUUGGAUUUCGGAAGAAUGGUGAACCGAUAAUUGAACGCCUAUGUAGUGGUGGUGGUUGUCGAGUAGCACUUGAAGUUUAUGAACCCUGCACGGAAAAUAGCAAUGAUAUUUGGACUGAUACGCCCUUCAUGAUGAAGCGUGAUUCGUUCUUCAUGACGACCUCCUACACAGAAUCACUACUUUUGCUUAAUCACCCUGAUUCCAUCAUUCAUUGA